CCCUAUUUUCUUACUUGUGUGUGCAACAACAAGCCCUAUCUAAAGCUAGAAAAGGCCUGGAUUCACGCACCGUCCACUCGUCAAGUAACGGCGUUAGAGGAAAGGGAAACGGCAGCGUUUGGUAGGUGAGAGAAGUAGAUCAGAUUGGGCUUUGUCUCCUAAUGCCACUCUCUUUCAAAAGCAUAUAUAGCACACAUAAUAAACGGUGUAAAUCAUCAUACUCACUAUUACAACAACAAAAGAAGUAAAGACAGAAAGAAAGAUUAUCUCUCUUCUCCGCUCAUCUCUGACGAGUUGUAUGGCAACCAGAUCAAAGAGCUUUCAGUUGAUCACCAGCCUAAGGAAGCUCGCUGUCAUCCCACGCGCUUCCUCACGCGCCACCGCCACUGCUCCCUUCACUUCACGGAGUGGUCAUUCCUCGGCUUAUGACAAGAACGUGGAGGAUGAAUUGCAGGCAACUGCAGUUCCUGAUGACGUCAUAAAGCCAGAUUCUGAUAAAUAUUGGUCUCCUCAUCCACAGACCGGAGUCUUUGGUCCCUCCACGACUGAUCAGAGUGACGCAGCCGAGGCUGCUCGUCAAGACUCGGCGGUGCUGGAGGAGACUGCUUGGUUUCGUCCCAUAAGUCUCGAGGACUCGGACAAGACUCACCAUGUUUAAGUCUCCCUUUCUCAUUCCGCUUGUUGUUUGUUUAAUGUUGUAAUAAGUUUCUAAGUGGACAAACUGUAUGUCAAGUAGUAGUAGUAUCCUGAAAAAACCUUCCAAGGUCUGUUAUGUCUCAAGGGUCCUUUUGUUUUCCCCGUCAAAUAUGUCUAAAGGUUUUAUCAUAUAACUCAGAUCGAACCAAAUCGAGUUGAUAAUAUUGAGUAAAUUAAUUAGCCAGCAGAAGAUUCAGCAAUUGAAAACACAGAAAGAAACUUUAACACUAAUAAACCUAAAGCUGGAACUAAAUCAAGGAGAAAGCUUUCUCAAGAGAGUGAAUAAUAUACAAAACGAACCAGUGGUAUCAUUGUUCUAACUCUUCACGUGAUCUGUACCAAUAAGUAACCAGACUCUCUCUACGUAAAUUGUUCUCCCUACGACUAACUUUCUCUCAAGAGUCAUCACAUAAUAAAAGCCUGAUGGUUGCUCAAAAAGACCCAUCACCCCCAUAAUUUUAAAUGCCUAAACGUGAUUCCCAAUCUAUGGAAACAAGACACAAGACAUGGUUAUAUGUUUUGUACCUGUAAAUCUCGUUUAGGCUUUGAGUACAGACCUCUGGUUACUGAUCUCUUACUCUCUCAUUAAAGGCUUUCACAGUGGCUUUGAUGGCGGUCUAUUUAUUUUCUCCAGUAAUCUGCUAAAUACUAGUUUGACAGGUAUGCAGGCCACGGUUGGUGGUCCAGGUAAUACUCGUCUGUUAGAUAGCUCGUGAGUCCCAUCCCCCAACGCCUUUAUCCCGUUGUGUGCUUGUUCAGUGCUGAAUGAUGAUAGUGCCCUGGUCUUUUGACUAGGGGUUGCGUUUGUGUUCUUCAUCAACUUCUUUUGCUGCUGCUGCUUUCUCUCUCCAGGUGGUCUUGGAAUGUGCAUUAAAUUGCUUUUCCUCAGCGAGUUAUCAUCAUUACUAAAGUUUCCCGAACCAAGUUUCUUAAAAAACGGUUUUCUUCCCUGAUUUGCCGGAGAAUAAUCCUCAGCAUCGGCUUCCAGUGAUGGUGAUAAUGGUUGCAGCCGUGGGACCCGUGAGCUACUCCUUC